AUGGUUGACAAUAUCCUUGCACCAACGAUCGGCUAUGACUCGUUACCAGGACCUGACUCGCUCGAAAUCAUGUCGGAGACACUCUCAUUGACUUGUAUUUCGAUCCUUGCCACGGCCUUUGGCUUCAAGACCAAUAAUCAACGCUUGAGUAGAUUGACGUAUGGGCAGUUUCUCGUAUUGCUGCUCUACAUGUUGUCUUGGGCUUUUUGCGUCACAUCCAUGGUGGUCAUUUCAACAAAUGAUGGAAAUGCGGUAUCAUGCACCAUGGGAAUCCUUACAUGCGACGUCUUUUAUGCUUCCACUAAGAUUACCAUUUAUGCAUGGCUUAUUGAAAGGGCCCAUCUUGCAACUGCUAAGCGAACAACUAGACGGCAUUCACCACUCUAUCGCUUUAACAUUGCCUUAUUAUCUCCCUAUAUUGGGAUCUUUGUCCUCAUGGUAAUUUUUCGUAAUGAUCACCUUCUCGAAGACGGUACCUGCAUCAUCGGCUUGCAGUAUAUUGCCAGUAUUCCUCUUCUGAUCCUAAAUCUUUACCUUACGAUCCUUUUCGUACGACCCCUUGUCAGUGCCAAUCGUGAUUCCUCUGGAGAUGAUGAUGCUCGAAAAGAAACGCGGCUAUACAAAUUAACACGGCGUACAGUGGUAGCAGCGGCCGUGUGCCUUAUUGUUUCAAUGAUCAAUGUCCUUAUCUUGGCCAUUGGAAGAGGAUACGAGCGUGGCGUAGUAUGUCUCACGAUGUGCACGGUGGAUGUCACCAUCAAUGUGCUUACCAUUCACUGGGUCACCACGCAUCGAAUCAAAGUCUCUUUACGUACCAUGUCUGCUCAUGCCAGAAGUAAUUCUCACUCUACGCCAGCAUCAUCACCACAUGGUGAAGAUACAUAUGCGAUGGAUUGCCAUCACCAAAACAUUGCCAUGCAUACUAAUGUGUCCAAUCCUAACAAGACAAACUGCUCUCGUGAUGAUGAUGAUAGUAUCCAUUCAACACAGGUGUCACAAAGUAGUCUGAUCAAAGCUUUGCAUUAA